AUGGUCUGCAUAUUGAAUCCGAGGCAGAGUGACGCUCAUGUGACGUGUGCUGCGUAUAAGAAGAAUGUGCUGGCUAUAUGCGACGAUUUUAAGACUGGUUUUACGACAUUCGAGUUAAAAGUAGGCGACCAAAUUGAACUCAACCAAAUUCAAGACUACAGACUGAACAAUCGAAUCACCUCGUGUGAUUUAUCAGAGGAUGGGUUUAUACUGGCGAUGGGUUUGGAUUCUGGAGAUGUUGUGGUAUGGAACGUCCCGGGCAAACGUCAGCUGCGUUUACUAAAACACCACAAGACCCCGGUCCACUGUUGUUCCUUCUCGCCCGUGCCCGACCGCCUCUACCGUAGUGCCAACUGCCAGUCACCCGCUACACCCCUGUCUCCCCCCGAUGUAACAGAUGAAGAUAACACACCACUGGUUCUUGUUACUAUGGCCUCGGAGAUCGUGUGGUGGAACGUCACUUAUAUCAUGAAGAUGCGGGCUAACAAGAGUUACUGGAGGUUUGUAUUCCAUCGAGUAUGUCCACCCCUGUCUCCCCCCAAUGUAACAGAUGAAGACAACACCCCACUGGUGCUUGUUACUAUGGCCUCGGAGAUCGUGUGGUGGAACGUCACUUAUAUCAUGAAGAUGCGGGCUAAGAAGAAAAACGAAGAACUAUACAACAACAACUGUCCAAGCAACUGCACGAUACAGCCCAAGCUGGGUUUAUUCCUGAACUGCCGCUGGGCCAACCAUCACGAGGUGUUAAUCGCGCACACAGCCAAGAUGAUUGUGCUUUACAACGUCGAUGGGACGGUGCUAAAGGUGUUCGACAAUUUUGACAGGGACCAAGAGAUACUAUGCUGCGCUCCAUGCAACUACGACAACUACUUGAUCGCGGCUGUGGUCAGCAACGGCGCCAACUAUCUGUUCGUCAUCGACCAGACGAGCAAAGACAAGAUCAUGACCAUAAAGGAAACUGGGCCGGUGCUCAACAUCUUAGUUGUUCCAAGUCACCACAAAACAAUCAAAAUCAUCACCCUAAAAGCGAAAGAAAUAACGCAACACCUGUAUCAAAUAAAUUACCAAAGCAAUACGUGCAUGUGCAACAAAAUUAUUGAGGCCAAAGACGUGAAGGACAAUCUUUUAUUCCUGACCAUAGUUGUUAAUAAGAUUGGCACUUUGCUGUUCGCUUCGACAGAUGAUAGCCGGGUCAUCUGUAUAGACUUGAAGACCAACUCACGCAUAUUUGACUUGGAAAAUCGGAGGGGAAAUGUAGUAUCAAUGGAUGUCAGCGAAAUAGCCGUUUGGAACGACUUUGAGCCGGGCUCAGACGUACUGCUUACCGGGACCGGCACUAUCGAAAACUCCGCCAAAGUGUGGAACCUGGAACCGACUUAUGUAUUGCAGCAGACCCAGAAGAACGGCAAAGUCCGCCUCACAAAGAGAUUCGACGUAAGCUUCAACAUCGCUGUGUCUCCUCAGACACCGAGUACCACAGCCACAAACAGCACCGUUCAAAGCGCCUCCACCACUCCUAAGCGACACCAGUCGUUUCAGCACACUGGCGCGCCCAAGCGGCCGGUGGUGCCUAGCCUUAGCCUAGACCGCCGUUGUAUCAAACCACUCAACCUACGCGGACUUUGUAACAGCCCUGGCGCCACUAUGCCUCUGCUAGCGGUAGUCGAUGACAAGAGCAACAUACAGGUAAUGCGCGGCAGAAAGGUGCUCACAGAAAUAAUAACUCAACCAGAAGAAGAAAUCACCACGAUCAAGAUCUCCCCAUGCAACCUCUAUGUCAUCUACGGCCUCCGAUCUGGUAUCGUGAAAAAAUACGCCCUUAGAUCCAAAGAGACUGAAGACAUAAUGAAUAUGUACAGUUCAGUGCAAUAUUUGAACUUCGUCAACCCGCAAUUACUGAUAGUCGGCAGCAAAAACUCCCUGAUGGCAUACAGAUUGACCAAUGACGGUGAUUGGCAAACGGAGAUGAUGCAGUGUGAAAAGGUGCAUCUUGGAUCGCAGGAGAUACUUAAUGAUAUACAGGGUAUAAAGAAAAAAAGCAGCCAAGCGGACAACCUGUCCAGUUCGGGCAGCGAAUCAAGCCAGACUUCUCGAAGCCGAGGGUAUUUCAACCACGACGGCAAAAGUCGCCUUCGCGGUGUCUGCGGCUUAGUAGACUGUUUCUACAUACGGGACGUGGGUUUCAUUACUGUUGAAAGCAACGCACUGGUGAAACUGUGGAGUCAAGAGGCAAACAAAAUGGUCUGCAUAUUGAACCCGAGGCAGAGUGACGCUCAUGUAACUUGUGCCGCGUAUAAGAAGAAUGUGCUGGCUAUAUGCGACGAUUUUAAGACUGGUUUUACGACAUUCGAGUUAAAAGUAGGCGACCAAGUUGAACUCAACCAAAUUCAAGACUACAGACUGAACAAUCGAAUCACCUCGUGUGAUUUAUCAGAGGAUGGGUUUAUACUGGCGAUGGGUUUGGAUUCUGGAGAUGUUGUGGUAUGGAACGUCCCGGGCAAACGUCAGCUGCGUUUACUAAAACACCACAAGACCCCGGUCCACUGUUGUUCCUUCUCGCCCGUGCCCGACCGCCUCUACCGUAGUGCCAACUGCCAGUCACCCGCUACACCCCUGUCUCCCCCCGAUGUAACAGAUGAAGACAACACCCCACUAGUUCUUGUUACUAUGGCCUCGGAGAUCGUGUGGUGGAACGUCACUUAUAUCAUGAAGAUGCGGGCUAACAAGAGUUACUGGAGGACUGGACGUAAUGUGAUGACGCCUUUGGCCAGUCCUAUGGAGAGCAAAGUUGACCUGCACGAGGCUAUGGAAAACCUCUCUAUAGGUUCAUCGAACAGUAAUUUCUUCUUCGGCAACGGAUCAUUCCAAUCGCAAGAUUGCUUUAAACUUCUGUGGAAGGGGAAAAAAUACAAGGAGGGUUCAAAGAAGAAGGAAAUACUAGCGUGCAUCAAACUAACAGGAAUGAGCGCAAAGAAGAUCUGCCACGACGAGAAGUUUUCUUGCUUCGUGACCGUCGACAAUUCAGGCCGAGUCCACGUCAUGAACGCCAUACAAGACACGUAACGCUAUCCUAAUCGCAACACAUACUGCCAAACGCAUUUAUUUUUAUAUACAGUCUACGCUCUAGACGCUAAACUUGGAUUUUAAAUCCAAGGCAAUACAGCUGAAUGUUGCUAGAAAAACGUUGGCUGAUAAACUUACACCAAAUGUCACUUUGACGUUUCAUAGUGACAAUGUUGCUGCUAAAAGUAAUAAAUCGACAAGUCAAUACAAGUACUCUAAUCGCACCGUUGCUAAUUGUGACUAAUAAAUUCUACUUAAAAUAUUUAAUGCAAUAUCAGUAUUCACAAUUUGAAUCGUUACAAAUGAAAUCAAUUUAACACUGAUAAUGAAAUAGUCUGAUCAACGUUGUCUUCCUACAACACUCCCAUUUUUUAGCAUGGCAAGAAAUCUGUAUUGAUAUUAAUAAGAGUAUUGAUAUUGAAAACCGAUCACUCUUGUGAUAAAGCCAAGAUACUGUCAAUUAACUAUAGGCCAACACAAAUAAGAUUCUCAGAUCCCCAUGCUCUCUUCGAAUUAUUUUUAUACCUAUAUAGGGAAGAGUAUUUAGUGUGUGAUAUUCGUGCAAUGGUUGUUACAUUAUUCGUGUAACAUGACCGACUAGCAUUUAAAUCAAGCGCAUAAGCAAUAGAAACGUUAGAUUAAUUUCGUAUACGUAAAAUAAAAUGCUCCCUGGCUAUUUCUAGUAAAAUGUAAACAAAUAUUCUUGAGAUUUUUAGUGCAUAUUAGUCCAAUGAUUUCUAUUAAUUCAAUUAUUUUAAUUUUGAUGAUGGUAGGUGUAUUUAAUAUUUGGGGGUGGGCAUUUCUUAUUUUAGACAAUUUACUUACAACCAGAAUGCAUAAUUUGGUUAACUAUAUUAUUGCUUAUACUAAUCUCUAACAUUACUUAGCACAAUCAUAAUGAAAAGUUUUGUAAAAAAGCAAAAAUUUAGAAUUCAUGCUGAUUACUGAUAACAUACAAGUCAGUUUAUACUAAAUCUAAUUGAAAGUAACCUUUGCAUACGGUUAAUAGCGCUUGCCUUUUUAUAAUUCAAUACGAAUGUGCUCAAAAUUAAAUAAUAUCUUUAGAUUAUUAAACUGAGCUCCUAAUUUGCUUAUAACAACGAUUAAAUAUUGCUCAUUUUAUCAUGGUGAUAUAGGUGUCUAUAAUUAAUUAUUAUAUGAAAGUGCUUAUCAAAAUUAGUGAAAAAGUCGGCGUAAAUGAUAUGGCGGGUUAACGGAUUUUGUGAAUGUGGGCUGGCUCAACCACAACGUAAAAGCACCACAACCUUGCACUAUUCUAUAUUUUAAAAAGAUCCGUAUGCCAUACUACGUCGCACUAAAUUAGAUGAAUAAAAAAGUUACUUUAAUAAAAUAAUGUCCGAAAAGGACAAUAAGUAAUAAAACGCACAACUAUGUGUCUUCAUCAUAAAUGUAAGUAGAUCUAAAUAACAGAAAGAAUCCCGUAAUGUAGUAAAUUGUACAACCUUAUUGAAAUUAAUUUUAUUUUGGCAGAGAUAAUGUUUAUCCCACCAAUCUCGUAGAUGUCGCAACACGUGUCACAAAAUAUGAUUUUUAAUUUAUUCUUAUCUAAAUGGGGUAUAUUUACGAUAGUCAUAAUUCAGGUACCUUACACCACCAAACUGUCUCAAACUUUGUUACCACUAUUUGAAAACAAACUCAUUAUGUGCAUGAAUGAGCAUUUACCCAAUACACAGUAGGGGUAUACAUUUCUACUAACCCAUUAUGGUUUGACGACAUAAUCCGUUGAUUGGUGGUACUAAUUAUCCAGUUUAUAAAAUCGAUACAUAUACUCUAUUGAAAUAAACUCGAAACUAUCGAACUAUAAAUCAUACGGCGUAUGACUCAAACUCAUAAUUUUCUCGCCGUUUGUGCCAUCUCAGUGGUUCGCGUUAGUAUAGCUAUCUAAUGUGAUGUAGUCUAUAUGAGAUCUCUGUGUAAAUAAUAGUAAUCUAAGUAACUGUUAAGUAAUGUAAUGGUGCUAUGUUUAAUGGAACGAAAACUGUUCACGAUGUAGGCAUAAUGUUUGCGCCAUAUCAUUUUAAUGUUGUAUGAAUUGAUUCAUUUUCCUUACUUGUUGAUUAUUAUGUUGUAAUUCAUUAAUUUUAAUCUAUAAUCCUUUAACAUUUUAAAUUCAUUCGUUUUAGUGCUUUUACGAGCUGCUUAUUCUAAUCGGAAAAUGUUUUAAAAACUUCAUACAAUAAAUAUUGCAAUUCAUAAAAAUCUUCCGCCUAACUACUGUCAAUGCAUAACUAUAAUAAAUAUUUUGUACUUAGUUUCUGGAAAAUAGAUUUUGUAAAUCUCAAUCAGAUCAGUAUCAUAUAGUGAAGUCUUUGUGUACUGACAUAUCCAAAAUAUUU